AAAUCAACCAUUAUAAACACGUGUGUUUCUGUUUACCUCGUUUAACCUCUCAUUUUUUUAAAAAAUGAGAAAAAGUUAUUUGUUUCUAAUAUAAUAUUUAAGAAAAGGUUCAAAACAACUGGUUAAAAAUGUGUGCGGCAAAAUCUGGUUUCAAGAAGAAAAAUGCGAAGAAGCAGAAGAAGCCAAUACAAAAAACAAGGAAGCAAAAACGAAAGGAGAAACGCAUGGAGAAGAAGCAAAGUCGACAUGCUUUCAAUCAAAAUAAAGGCAAGAAAGAAAAUAAUUUUGAUGAGAAUAAAGAAAAGGAUGAGAAAUUAAUCAAGAAUGUUAAGUUUAAAGUAAAAGAUUCAAAUGAUCGUGGAAUUAAAACAGAGGGUAAAGUAAAGAAGAAUGCUGUCGACAAAUUGACGAGAAAACACGAAUUGGAAAAAAAACAGGAAGAAAAGUUAAAAAUGGAAAUGUUAAAACAUAAAAAGAAGCAAAUGCUCGAAUCUGCAAUAGACGAUGACAGAACAAUAAAGCAGGCAGAGAAAUUUUUAAAAAUGAAUAAACGGAAGAAUAAGAAUCUACCGAAAUCAUUUAUAUCGGAUGGUGUCGAUUAUAUUUUGGACAUGUGCGAUGAAGAGAAGAGAAAAAUUGUCGCUGAAACUGAAAAGCAAUUAAUUGGCGUUGAUCCCGAAUUGGAUUUUGAAGAGGACUUUUAUGUCGCUGCUGGAGAAACUCUAAAGAAGAGAAAGAAGAAGAAAAAUUCUGAAGAUUCCGACUGCAUGUCAGAUGAGGAUUUUUCUUCUGAUGAUAACGACUCUAAUAAAAGGAAAAAUAAGAAAUUGAAGGAAAAAAAUAAAUUAGUCGGUGAUGAUAUUAAUUCUGAUGAUUUCGAUGAAGAGGAUGAUACACUGAAUACAAGUGACGAGAAAAACGAGAUGAAUAUUGACACCAGUGACGAGGAAAACGAAGAGGAAAUGAACAGUGAUGAGGAAGACGAAAUGGAAAUGAACACCAGUGACGAGGAAGAUGAAGUGGAAAUGAACAGUGAUGAGGAAGACGAAAUGGAAAUGAACAGUGAUGAAGAAGACGAAAUGGAAAUUAACAGUGAUGAGGAAGACGAAAUGGAAACGAACACCAGUUUUAUGUCAGGUGAUGAUGAUAAUGAUAGUGAUAAUGAUUCUACGAAAGAGGAAAAUUCGAAAAAUUGGGAAGACAUUUAUGGAAGAACAAGAGAUAAAGAUGGUAACGUUCUUUCCAAUCGCUAUGUACCACCGGCAGUUCGUGCCAAAAAUCUCGAGCAAGAUUCUCAAAAUAAUGAGAAAUUAAUUCAAUUAAAAAGGCAAUUAAAAGGUCCUUUAAACAGAUUGACUGAUCGAAACAUGCACACAAUAUCCUCACAGAUUGAAGAAUUGUAUCUACAAAACAGUCGCAACGAUAUGAACGAAAUGUUGACGAAAUUAAUAUUCGAAGCACUGGUACUACCAACAAUGACACCGGAUCGUUUAAUUAUUGAGCACAUGAUGUUAAUUGCAGUUCUUCACGCAAAUGUUGGUUCUGAAGUUGGUUCACAAUUUUUACUGACACUCGUGAAACGAAUUCACGAAUCACUUGCUGACCCAUCGCUGAAAGUUGAGAAUAAACAAUUGGACAAUUCAAUUCUAAUGCUUUCGCAUCUUUAUAAUUUUAAAGUCUGUGGAUCGAAAUUAAUUUACGAAAUUCUCGAAAAAUUAUCGGAGAAAUUCACCGAGAAGGAAAUUGAUUUAAUUCUGUUGGUUUUGAAAAGUGUUGGAUUCCUUUUGAGAAAAGAUGAUCCAAUUAGUUUGAAGGAAUUGAUUGUGGGAUUACAGAAAAAAGCAACUGACACAAAAUACGAAAACUCGAGAGUGAAAUUCAUGUUAGAUAUUUUACUGGCUAUUAAGAAUAAUAAUAUUAACAAAAUUCCUCAAUAUGAUCCUUCAGUCAUGGAGCAUAUGAAGAAACUUAUCAAGACUUUAAUUCGUAAAGGAAACAGUGUUUCACAACUUAAUAUAACUUUGGAUGAUCUUCUUAAUGCUGACGAAAGGGGAAAAUGGUGGAUAGUCGGUGCGGCAUGGACGGGAAAUGCGACAGCAACAAAAUUGGAAAAACAGGAAAAUAACAAGCCGGAAUAUAGUAAAAAAUUGUUAGAAUUAGCGCGGAAGCAACGAAUGAAUACGGACACAAGAAGAAAUAUCUUUUGUAUUCUAAUGUCGGCCGAAGAUUAUUUGGACGCUUUUGAAAAACUUCAUCGACUCAGUUUAAGAGAUGGACAGGAGAAGGAAAUUAUUCACGUUCUCAUGAACUGCUGCCUGCAAGAAAAUAAUUUCAAUCCUUACUAUGCUGUACUCGCGCAAAAAUUUUGCGAUUACGAUAGAAAAUAUCAGAUGACAAUUCAAUACACCCUUUGGGACAAAUUAAAAACCCUCGAUACUUUUAACAAUAAACAAAUCAAGAAUUUGGCACUAUUUCUGACACAUUUAUUUUUACAACGCGGUUUGUCGAUUUCAACAAUGAAGGUCAUACAACUUGAUGAACUUGAUAAACCAAAAAUGAAACUUCUCCGACAAAUUGUACUUGGGAUUUUCAUGCAUGAAAAUUUGGAAAACUGUUUAGCAGUAUUCGAACGAAUAACUCGAUCAGAUAAGUUGAAUUCCUUUAGGGAGGCACUGAGACUAUUUAUAAAUCAGUUUGUCGUGAAGAAUGUCGAUGAAGGUUUAGUAGAAAACGACAAGACAUCGCUUAUUAAAAAACGAAGUGAACUUAUUGAUAGAAUAUUGAUAACUCGACAUUCAAGAACCGUUUUUUAAUUUACCUGAGAGUAAAUUUUUAUUAAACGAAAUUAAGGGGAUGAUACAUCGAUAUUUUUAACUACAUCAAGAAAAUAAUUUAAAUAUUUCACAAAAUUAUUUUUAAAGUAAUUUUUUCUAAGGAAUCAUAAAAAGGAAAAUAGGUCAGAAAAUAUUUUGAUUCUUUUUGAAUUUUUGUUUUUCUUAAUUA